AUGCGCUUCACCUACCUCCUCGGCGCCCUCGUGGCAACCACCGUCUCUGUCUCCGCUCAAGACCUCGACUCUCUUCUUGCCGAAGCCUCCUCACUCAUCGGCACCAACACUGAAUACCAAUCCCUUCUUUCCAGUGCUGCCUCGGCCUUGGACAGCGCCACCAGCGCGCUCACCGGCUCUGAUGCCGCACUCUACUCUUCGUACCUCUCUGCUUUGGAAUCCGGUCUCGACUCGGCCACAAGCCUGGCAGGAAGUGUUGUCAGCGAAGCCAGCGCUGCCGCCACUAGUGUCCUAGGCACCGCCGAACCCAGUGCCGUUGCUACCACCAAUUCCGAUAACGGCGUCGACCGAGUCGUUCUGCCGGCCAUGGGGGGGUUUGGCGCCGCCAUUCUAGGUUUGGCUGCUAUGCUGUAG